AUGGACCCGUUUGACACAAUGCACAACGCGAAAAAGGCAAGAUCAAGAAGGUCAAUGAUUCUCAAAGAGACCCGUGUCAAACGUCAAAAAUACAAUGUUCAACAACAGUUCCCGCGUGAUACAAUGAUAAAUACUCCAAUGUCAUCCACGCCUAGACAACCUUUGUCCGAGUUGACACCAUCGUUUCAAAACAUGACAGCUCUACCGAGAUUUGAUGGCCAGUCAGUUGGUAUAUCUUUAGGUUUUGAAGGUUCUGAACCUAGCAUAUCAAGACAUGCCUUUAAAACAAAUGUAAGGUCCCGACCGAUAGAUCUUUUGGGAACAAAUCUCUUUUCAAAGUUUGCAUCCAGUUCUACUGUGAGGGAAAACGAGGGAUUUACUCCUUCCUCAUUGAUACCAAAAGAAAACCGGACUCAGCAUGAAAACUUCGUCAAUGAAGCUGGGAGUUCUUCUGAUAUGCAUACCUUACCACUAAAUCCUAUACCAGUGCGGGGUAGGCCUAAGAAUCAAUACGGAGUUCCAAAUAUGGCUAGGAACUUGACCAGAAAGUUUCCUCUACAGGAAAGAUUGGAAGGGAAUGACACGGCAAAUUUGACCCUCGGUUCCACGACACAAACAAGAUUUGCUGGUGUCCCCAAACGAUCUAGAGGAAGACCGAGAAAACAAAUCCAGCAUCCAAAUCUGAAUUUGAGACAGGAUACAGAGCUCUCCAGCCAAACAAGGGUUCUGCCUCAUCCCAUUCCUCUUGAUAUACCCGGACCAAGUAAUGUCAUUACCCAACCGCCACCUGAUCAGCGAAUGUCACAGUCCACGGCCAAUCACCAUCGUAGGACGGAGCCAACGUGUCCUAUUUUUACACCUACGAUCAAUCUGGAUUUUAAUAGUGACUCCGAUGAGGAUAGCGACUACGACCCAUUUGCAACAUACCUAUCCGACGAGGAAAACUGUUCUGAGUCAGAAGAAUUUGAAGCACCUUUUACAAUCAACAAUAAUGCAACCGGACUUUCUGAAGAAUAUUAUGAUAUCGGUUCCCCUCUUAUCGAAUGUUGUUAUUGCAAAGCAAUGAUGUGGUAUCAAGAACGAAUGCACAAAAGUACACAUUCAGCUAACCCAAAGUUUAUGAUGUGCUGUGGUAACGGAAAAGUCGAACUACCAAUGCUAAGACAUCCUCCAGAACAACUUGCAAAACUUUUGUUUGAUCACGAAAGUAUAGUUAGCAGGAAGUUUCAACAACAAAUUCGACUAUACAAUAUGAUGUUUGCAUUCACAUCACCGGGAGCAAAGAUAGACAAUCGUUUUAACAAUGGUCGCGGCCCUCCGACAAUGAGGAUACAAGGUCAAACGUGUCAUCGAAUUGGAAGUUUGCUGCCUCCUCAAGGGCAAAAACCGAAAUUUGCACAGUUAUAUAUUUAUGACACGGAGAAUGAAGUCGAAAACCGGAUGCAUGGACUGAGUUUGCCUAUGAAUACUCACUAUCACACGUUUGACAACUUCUUUUCUAAUGUCAGGAACAAGGAAAACAUUGAUGAAAAUGUUAUAAACCAAUUGUCCAAUAUGCUAUACGAAUUCAAUCCUCAUGCAAAGAGCUUCCAAAUGGCUAAACAAUGGUUAAACAAUGGGGAAACUCAAAACCUCAAGCUACGACUCAUUUCUAGCCGAUCCACCGAUGGAAGGGUGUAUAACCAACCUACUGUGUCUGAAGUUGCAGCCUUGGUUGUUGGUGAUAUAGACACGGCAGAAAUGCGUGAUAUCAUUAUGCAAACAAGAGGAGGAGGACUUCAGAGAAUCAACGAACUGCAUGCUGCUUACAUGGCUUACCAAUAUCCUUUGAUUUUUCCUUAUGGUGAGGACGGUUAUAGACCUGAUGUAGCUCAUAGGGACUUGCCUUCCAACAGUAACAGCGUAAGAAAUAGGCUCACAAUUCGGGAGUUUUUGGCAUACCGCAUUCAAACCAGGUUAAAUGAAGCUAAGACUCUAUUAUCUUCUAGAUGGUUGUUCCAGCAAUUUCCGGUCGAUGGUUACACAAUGUUAGAGUCUGAGAAACUUGAAUGGUUACGUAAAAAUCAACCAAAACUUCGCGUUUCCAAGUACAACUCUUUAAAUGAAGAGGGAGACCAGAAUCAAGCGCAAGGGAACAGCAUAGGUAAACGAGUUGUUUUGCCUUCUUCCUUUGUCGGAGGUCGUAGGUUUAUGGAUCAAUUAUACUAUGAUGGAAUGGCUAUAUGCAGUAAAGUUGGAUUUUCUGAUUUGUUUAUUACCUUUACUUGUAACCCAAAUUGGCCUGAGAUUCAGAGAGUGCUUAGACCUCUUCAUUUGAAGCUUCAAGAUCGACCGGAUAUCAUAUCGAGAGUAUUCAAAAUCAAGUUUGAUCAGUUGCUUACAGAUUUAACCAAAAAAGGUGUUCUUGGCAAAGUACUUGCCUAUAUGUACACCAUUGAGUUUCAAAAGAGAGGAUUGCCUCAUGCCCAUAUAUUGAUCUUCUUGCAUCCUUCAAACAAAUAUCCAGGUCCAGAAGACAUUGACAAAAUCAUCAAUGCUGAAGUGCCCGAUCCCGAAACACACCCUCGGUUGUACAGUUUGGUCAAAGCUCACAUGGUUCACGGUCCUUGUGGUUUGGCAAAUCCAUUAUCACCUUGCACGAAAGAUGGGAGGUGCACCAAGUUUUACCCUAAGAAAUUUCAACCUACGACUAUCGUGGACCAAGAAGGGUAUCCUGUUUAUAGGAGAAGAGACAACAAACACACUAUUGAAAAAAAUGGACUCAUCUUUCACAGUGGUCAUGUUGUUCCUCACAAUCCAAGUUUGUUGUUGAAGUACGAAGCCCACAUUAACAUGGAAUGGUGCAACCAAAGUACUUCUAUCAAAUACCUUUUCAAAUAUAUAAACAAAGGUUCCGAUAGAAUUUCUGCAAUCAUACAAGGCCUGGAUAGAAACAACGUCGAUGAGAUCAAGCAAUAUUUGGAUUGUCGAUACAUCUCCCCAAGUGAAGCAUGUUGGAGGAUAUUUUCCUAUUCUAUACAUGGCAGAAAGCCAGCCGUAGAAAGAUUGUAUUUUCACAUGGAAGGUGAAAACUCUGUGUACUACAAAGACUACGAGCAGGUUGGUGAUGUGUUGCUCAAACCAAGUGUAACAGAGUCGAUGUUUACGGCAUGGUUCGAAGCAAACAAAACUUAUGAAGAAGCGAGAUUACUAACUUAUGGAGACUUUGUUUCUAAAUUUGUCUAUCAUAAACGAAGUCGAAGUUGGAAACCAAGGAAACGAGGGUAUACCAUCGGUCGACUCAUUUGGGUUCCUCAGAGCACUGGCGAGUUGUUUUAUUUAAGGAUGAUGCUCACUGUCAAAAAGGGUCCUUUAUGCUAUCAGGACAUCAAGACGGUUGACGGUAAAAAGCUAAAAACAUUUAGAGAUGCAUGCUUUGCAAUGGGAUUUUUACAAGAUGAUCGCGAAUUUGUCGAGGCCAUCAAAGAGGCGCAUCAGUGGGGUUCAGGACAUUUUUUACGCAAGUUGUAUGUCACCAUGUUACUCUCUUCUUCGAUGAAUAGACCCGAACAUGUUUGGAGAAAGACUUGGAUGUAUUUAUCGGAUGGCAUUCUUUAUGAUCAACGAGUCUUCGCAAGAGAUCAAGGUCUGACAAUGAGUGAUGCCGAGUUAAAAGAACGGACACUCAUGGCUAUUGAAACUCUAUUACAAAAUAAUAAUCGAAGUUUGAAGGACUUCAAGACAAUGCCAUAUCCAAAAGAUUAUGUUGAAUCCUUUACAGGAAAUCGACUCCUUUAUGAUGAACGUCAAUAUGAUGUUGUUGCUCAACAACAAAUUUUUGAAAGCCUGUACGCUUCUCUUACAGAUGAACAAAGAUGCAUCUUUGAGGAGAUCAUAGAUGCUGUAGAAAAGCAAGAAGGCGGAGUUUUUUUUUUAUAUGGCUACGGUGGCACUGGUAAGACCUUCAUGUGGAACACUCUAUCAGCAGCCCUUAGGUCUAAGAAAAAAAUUGUGUUGCCAGUUGCUUCGAGUGGGAUUGCAAGUUUGUUGUUACCAGGUGGAAGAACAGCUCAUUCUAGAUUUAAGAUCCCUGUCCCUACUUUAGAAACUUCUAUAUGCAACAUUGAAAAACAAGAUGAUCUUGCCGAGCUUCUAAAGAUGACAGAUCUAAUCAUAUGGGAUGAGGCUCCUAUGGCUAACAAGUUUUGCUUUGAAUCACUCGACAAAUCCUUGAGAGAUAUUAUGAGUGAAACCACACAUGCUUCUAAAAGAGUUUUUGGAGGUAAGGUUGUUGGGUUUGGAGGUGACUUCAGACAAAUUCUCCCUGUUAUACCAAGAGGUACUAGAUCUGAUAUUAUCCAUGCAACAAUCAAUGCUUCUUAUAUUUGGGAUCAUUGUAGAGUCUUGAGGCUUACAAAAAAAAAAAUUGGAGAUGGCACGAUGUGUGAGCCAAAUGAUGGCUAUGCUAAUAUUUGUAUUCCAGAUGAGUUCUUAAUUUCUAGCUUUUCAGAUCCGAUUAAGGGAAUUGUUGAAGAUACAUACCCUGAUCUCAUUCAUAACUAUCUUGAUCCCAAUUAUCUUCAAAGUCGUGCGAUCUUAGCUUCGACAAUCGAAGUAGUCGAUGAUAUCAACCAAUAUAUAACAAACCUUCUUCCAGGAGAAGAGAAAGAAUACUUUAGUAGUGAUUCUAUUGAUAAAUCUGAUGCAAGUAGCUUUGAUGCAUAUGAGCACGUUACACCAGAGUUCCUAAAUGCUCUUAAGACUUCGGGAUUGCCUAACCAUUCAAUCAAGUUAAAAGUUGGGGCCACUAUUAUCUUAAUGCGCAACCUAGACCAAUCUGAAGGUUUGUGCAAUGGUACAAGGCUAACUGUUACUAGGCUUGCUGCUCAUGUCAUAGAAGCUAAGAUCAUUUCUGGAAAAAAUGUUGGUAACUUAUUUUAUAUUCCUAGAAUGUCUUUGUCCCCUUCACAAUCACCAUGGCCAUUUAAACUGGUAAGACGCCAAUUUCCAAUUAUUGUUUCCUUCGCCAUGACUAUUAACAAGUCUCAGGGCCAAUCACUUGAUAAUGUUGGUUUGUACUUGCCAAAAGAAGUUUUUAGUCAUGGCCAAUUAUACGUGGCAAUGUCAAGAGUAAAAUCCAAAAAGGGAUUAAGGAUUCUUAUUCAUGACAAAGAAAAAAAACCAAUGCUCUCUACCACCAACGUGGUAUUCAAAGAAGUGUUCCAUAACAUUUGA